GAAACAAAACAAAACACGGCCGCCGCCGCGGUCACGUGACCGCGCACAGCCUCCUUAGACACCGCGAAGACAGAAGGCGAAAGUGCUCACGUGCACGCGGUCCAAGAUGCACGCGACUCUGGCUCUGCUAAGCUCGGCGCUUCUCGUUGCUCACGUGACGGCCGGAAACGGCAACUACCCCACUUGGGACAAAAACCACCCCAAUGGGGACGGAAGUGACAAGCAACCCCAUCUGGUGAUGCCGCGCAACCACAGCUCGGUGCAUAGGCACGUGGGGGCGCAUAGGCACGGGAGUCGGGGGGUAAAUAGGACUGGGGAUGGUGUUGGACAUGACAAGAAGGGUGUUAGGAAUAGUGAAUCUGAGAAAUUGAUGGUGGUUGAUGCGAAUACGGGGAUAAAAUACAACCCUUAUGGCAAACAUCAUCCAGGGAGGCAUGUUUGUACAAGAAAUGUAGAUAAACCAAUGAAGACCAAGCAGGCUUACUGUAAGCCUACUUUUAAGAAUUAUGUUAUAAGGUGUCAGGGAAACCAAAUUUGUAAAGGAGUAAGACUCGUAUACGAAACUCAUUACAAAGAUGUGGUGUCUACUAAAACUUCCAAUGAAGUAAUUUACGCCUGUUGUCCAGGCUGGACGCAAGCCACUAACAGAAGUAAUGGCUGUAACAGAGCACAUUGUAGCAAACCCUGCUUAAAUGGCGGUAGAUGUGUGAAACCCGAAAUGUGUGCUUGUCUUAAAGGAUAUGCGGGUCUACAGUGCGAAAUACCAGUUAAUACCCCUGACUGCCGAAAACAUUGCUUAAAUGGAGGAAAGUGUUUAAAACGGGAGACUAAAGACACAUGCAGUUGUCCCAAGGGUUUUGAAGGACAACAAUGUGAAUUCGACAUCACUAAACCUUAUUGUUCCAAAGGCUGUGAAAAUGGUGGAAUCUGUACAAAACACGAAUUAUGCACUUGUCCCAAGGGGUUCGAAGGCAGACGCUGCGAAAUAGAUAUAGAUGAAUGCAAAGAACAGAAACCCUGUGACCAAAUCUGCUACAACACUAUAGGAAGUUUUACUUGCCAGUGCAAAGAAGACUUUGUGUUACAAAAGGACGGACAAACUUGUAGGAAAGAAGAUGAUAACGAUGGAGGCAUAGAAGCAAAAGAUCUAGAAUUCGAAAUGUUGGAUAAGCGAUUAUUGAAGCUGGAAACGAUGAUGGGCGAAAGCCACAAGAAUGAUGUUUCCAAAGAUGAUCUCCAGAAUGUGUACAAGGACAUGGAUUCGAUUUCUGAAGAUAUCAGUGCCCUUAAAAAUAAAAUAAAUGAUGUGGAGAACUACAGGAACGACAUGUACGUCUUCAAGACCAAAUUAAACUCCAUCGAGAAAAAAGCGGAAAAGGUGGACGAAUUAGUACUUAAAUAUGAUAGAAUAAAGAAAUGUGCCUUCUAUAACAAGAUUUGUAUUUGAGAAGUUGUGACUGAUAAUUUUAAGUUAAAAACUAUCUGUGUAUAUGUAAAUCUUUUAGCUAUAUUAAAAGCCACAGUUAGAAUGCAGUGCAGGUAGCAUAAAGCAAUGUAUUUCUUACGGAAGAACGGCCGACCACGUUGCCGGUUUGCCCCGAGCGGCACAUCAGGACCAGUCGACCAGUGAUUUCUCAGUCCGCACAUAAGCGGCAUCGCUGCGCGUCGUAAGACCAACACUGCAUUCUAACUGUGGCUUCUACUUUAGGUGUAAGGAAGUAUUUCAAAUUUAUUGAAUCGCAAAGCAUUGUCGGUUAGUAGGCCCAUGGCUUGCUUAGUUGGUCCCUUUAAUCAGUUGCUUUUCUUCCCCGUUCUUAACGUUGAGUCUUCUCAUAUCGGAUUCAACUUCGUUGCUCCAUCUUCAAUUCUGUCUCCCUCUUCGCCUUUUGCCUUGCAAUGCGCCAGAUAGUAUUAUUCUGAGAAUUCUAGAUAAAACCAUUCUCUGAACAUGUCCUAACCAUCUAAGCCUUUGCGCCUUAAUUACCUACUGCUAAUAUGUUAGGUUUUUGAUAGAGCUCAGUUAGCUCGUUAGCUCAUGGAUUCAAAGAAUGUCAAACGUGGAAGUAACUAAAAGGAUAGGAAAUGAAGAGCAAACAAUAUCAAUAGACGAAAACUUGAGUACUUAGGACAUAUGAUGAGAGAACAAAAAUACCCACUAUUGCAGCUUAUUAUGUAAGACAAAAUUCGAGGAAAGUCAAAUGUAGGAAGACGAAGAAUAUCCUGGCUUAAAGGCUUAAGAACUUGAGGAAAAGGUUUAAGUAGUGUCUCUUUAAGUUUUUCUCAUCAAAGAUUUUAAGCAGUAUUUUUCGCCCCCAGCCCCCAAACCAAUAACCUCUUCGUAUUCCUUUGUUGUGACCCAUGUUUCGGAAGCAUACGUCACGAUUGGUCUUAUUACGGUCUCAUAGGUCGUUAUAUUUGCUCUUACAGAUAUAUGUAUUUUUGCUUCUUAACAACUUAAUCACAAUUUAUCUUACUACGGAGACGUGGACGAUACGUCCGUGGACUUGCGGGACAUGGGGCAAGAAUUGUCUGAUAUAAAACGCAUUGGCUAGUUUAUCGCACAAUGGAAUGGGGCGACACCGAGGCCGUGCGUUGUCUGUUUGUUCUACGGUACGUGACGUCCACGUCCCGUCCUAAGAUAAAUGGGCCUUAACCAUGUCACUGCUACCUUUUGAAAUAAGACAUGCCCAGAAGCGACAGUUCUUACUGGAAAUGACAGUGAGAAUGUGUAUGUGUCAAGGAUCCGUGCCACGCGCACUAUCUGAAGACUCAGCGUGGCAUGGAUUCGUGACAAGCACAGCGAAAGCGUUAAUAAAUUCAUUGUAUAUGUGGCACGGUUGUCCGACAUAACUCUUCUCUGCAUUUCAUCUUCAUAGUUAGGUCCACUUAUGAUUUAUGAAAACAGUUUCUAAAUACAGUAGAACCCCGACUAUCCGUGCUCCUCUGGACCAGACGUGGCAUGGAUAAUUGAAAAGCACGGAUAAUCCGAACAUGUAUUUCUUAUAUGUAUAAUACAUAAUAUGUACACAUAUGCAUAUUAUGUAACUAGCAUAAAAAGAUAACAGAAAAUAUAGAUCUUUCAGUAUGACAGCUAGGCACGUAGCCAGGAAAUGUGCUUGAGGGGGGUCCAAACACAACUCAAAUUUUGGCGCUCUCUGAACUAACUAAAAUAAGACUGCUCCUAUUUCGAUUAACAACGAAAUGAUUAUUUAUAAUUUUUAUUAGUUCUACUCCUAUUCUAAGUAUUGGGAACAAAUCUUUGUUGGAAGUUUGCCGUGCUGGACAGGCGGGUAGUGAGAUGCAACUUGAUAUAAUCCUUUAGAUAGAUGCAAUUCUUUACUUCGGCGAUUCGUUGGCUUGCAAAUUUUAGAAGCCACGAAUGGUGUAAUCAAGGGAUUAGUUCUGAUAAAAUUUUAUUUUUAAUAUUGUUAAUAUUAAAAUUAAAACUUUCGUUCGUCUUUAGCAGAUGCCACCACCAGCAAUUUCACCAUUGUAUUUUUAAUAUCAUUUUAGCGUCUCUGAUGAUAUUAGUCAUCACAUAUAACAAGGUUAAUUCGAGACAGGAAGAUAAAAGCUGGAAUGCUACAAUAUAAAACUGGAGGCCGUGUUAGAAAGAAGAGGAAGAGGAAGACCUCAAAUGCGAUGAAAGGGCGAUAUUGUGUAAGCUACAAUAACUCACUGGAAAAGCGACGCCAAGGACAGAUUAUAUGGAGAGAUUUGGGGAAGACCUAUGUCCAGAGCUGGAUAGAAAUGGGCUAAAGAAGAAGAAGAUGAUGAUGUUAGAGAUGUCAGAAUCUGCUCUUCUAUUCAGUUGUCGACCCAGUAAUUUUUGGUUAUUUGAUAAAAACUUACUUGGCUUUAACUCAACAUUUCAAUGAACGGACCAAAGAGCCAAUAAAAUGAGUCUUUCGUCGUUUCCCAUCUUGUUUCCGGGUGAAGUUUUUACUCGAUUCAUUGUUAAGAACGAACGUUUUACACUGGCCGUUGUGACAGGGAUAGUUGCCAAAAUUGUAAGGAAUUUGUAAAUUUUUGGAAAAAAAUCUUUAUUACAAUGUUCAUUACGUGGAGAAUUUCGGUAUUUGGUUCCAAAGGUGGUAUUGUAUUUACAGUUAAGAGAAGGGUCGUGGGAGUAAUAGGCAGACAAAUUUUCUAGCAAUUUUGCUUUUUAUGUAGAGGCAAAUACAGGUAAAAAAAUUUAAAAUGUUGAUAGAAUACUUUUCCUUGUGGUAAAUCUGAUUUUCAAACUGGAUAUAUGUUGAAACGUACACUGAAUAAAAACAAAUAAUCCUACUAAAAAAUAAUAAUAAUUUCGUUUACUUUUUCAAAAAUAAUAAUAAUAACUUAUUGGUACCAAAGGGAUAAAAUUGCUGCUUUUAUACCAAAGCCGAGACAGCUUUGGGAGGGGUCCGGACCCCAUGGACUCCCCCUUGGCUACGUCCCUGAUGACAGCGUAUAGAGCGUAUAGGGUUUCCGUCGAGUGAUUUACAGUGACGCUAUUUUGAUAAAAACUCAAAAAUGCAAUUUAAUUAAUAGUAAAUUAUAAAUUAUAGCACGGAUAAUCCGCAGCCGGAUAAUUCGCACACGGAUAAUCGGGGUUCUACUGUACUCAGAUCUAUCAACUUGUUCGAAUUUAUAUUGUAUUCUCUUAGUUGUUAUCAUUGUUAUAUGUAUUGCCCACAAACGAAUCGCUGAUUGGUCCAUUCGAUAUAAUAUGUAUUUUGUGUUUGCUUUGUAAAUUUGUAAUACUUUCUUGUUAUAUGGUCCUUGUCAAGUGAUAUUUUUGAGUAAGUAUAAUAUUUAAGUAGGAUUUACUUAAGGGCGUAGGCGUAAAAUUUUGCGCCAAUGUGUUUUAAAUCUAUUCUUUUUUUUUAAUCCUGAGAAAAUUAAUCAGUGUUUUGGAAAAAUUCAUACCCAGAAUGGAAGAUUACAUUAUUACCGAGGGCCGAAAGUCCCUGAAAACUUCUAUAAGGUUUAUUUUAAGAAUAAAAGAAAAUUUAGUGUGAUCUUUAAUUUCAAAAACCUUAUUCAAAAGGUUUCUCAUUCUGCGUUUAAAUUUUUCAAAAAUACCUACCUAUUAGUUUUCCCAGGAUUCUAAAAAAAAGAAUGCAUUUAAAACGCAUUGGCUCGUAAAUUUUGAGCCUACUCCCUUAACUGUAUUCUGUAUAGAAUGUAGUACUGCCAACUUCUUGUAAACUUUUAUUAAAUAAAAUAUGACAAGAUAAUUUUCCAA